ACAUUCAGUACGAUCAGACUCAUUAGGUUAAUUUUACAAAAAUUAUUUUAUUUUAUAAAAAGUACAACACAAUUAAAUUUCUUUUACGAUGACAACCUUAAAGCAAGUUCCUCUUACAUGUGGUGGCCAUACGAGACCAGUCGUGCAUUUAGAUUUUAGUGAUGUUACAAAAGACGGAUAUUUUUUGAUUUCGGCUUGCAAAGAUGGAAAACCAAUGUUAAGACAAGGAGAAACGGGAGAUUGGAUUGGAACUUUUGAGGGUCACAAAGGUGCCGUGUGGGGGGUGGCUUUGACACAAAAUGCUAAUUUGGCUGCUAGUGGUGCAGCAGAUUUUUCAGCAAAACUAUGGGAUGCAAGAUUUGGAGAGGUCGUACAUACAUUUGAUCAUGAACAUAUAGUGAAGAGUGUGAAUUUUAAUGCUGAUGACAAUCUCCUGUUGACCGCUAGCAACGAGAAAAUCAUAAGAGUGUUUGAUCUCAAUAAAUCAGAUGCUGGUGCAAUUGAGAAGAUCAGCGCUCACACAAGUAGUAUUAGACAUGCUGUCUUCCUACACAAUUCGCGCAUUGCCAGUGUCAGCGAUGACCUGACGAUGCGAAUUUGGGAUCGAAACAGUGGGCAGGAGAUACAGAAGAUAGAGUUUCCAGCUGUUCCCAACAGUAUGGAGCUAUCGAGAGAUGGUGCUGUGUUGACAGUUGCUUAUGGUACAAACGUGGCGUUCUACUCGACGGACACUAUACGCAAGAUGCGCGAGUGGGCGGUGCCGACCAAGUGCUACAGCGCGUCGCUGGCGCCCGCGCGCGCCGCGUUCGUCGCCGCCGGGGAGGACCUCAAAGUGUACAAAUACGAUUAUAACACCGGGACGGAGUUGGAAUGCAACAAGGGUCACUUCGGUCCGGUCCACUGCGUCCGGUGGUCGCCGGAUGGGGAGCUGUACGCGUCCGGCUCCGAGGACGGAACGGUCCGGCUGUGGCAGUGCGUCCCCGGCCGCGCUUACGGCCUGUGGCGCCGCAGCGCCGACGCGCUAACCAACGGCUUUAAGGAGGUCGCUGCUAACUGACAGAGCCGGGACGCCUCAGUGAGUUUACCCUCAGAUGCGAAGCGAGUGAAGAGGAGCAAUAGGCGCACAUCGGUCCGCUUGGUGGACUCAUCAGCGCUGGACAGUGAACACUGAACACUGUAUGUGACGGACGGAACAUUAAUUAGGAAACUGUGUUUGUGAUCGUUAUAUACCAUACCACUUUUUUAUACUCAAAUGCAACGUAUUUAUUGUAAAAAGAAACGAAAUAGACUCGAAAAAAAGUAUAAAUGAAAUAAAAGUUUGUAAAUA